UGACACAGAUGUUGCGAACCUGUAUUCAAAAUUACAAUUUUACUGAGACUGGUCGCAAGAAAAACGAGAAUUUGAUUUCUCUCCUUUUUUUUCUCUCUCUUUUGAAGUUGUUUUUUCUAUUUUCUUUUUUCUUUCACAAUCCUAAAAAGAUCAUUUCCACUUAAAAUAAGUGAGACCUAACAUAUUUAAGUCUUUCUCCGCAUAUGAGGAAAGCUGAAACCCAACCGUUAUUUUCAGCUUUAGUGAAAGAGAAGAAUCCAAGCUAUAUUCAUAUUCUAAUUGAUGUGCAGGCAUAAUUGAUAGAAGGAGCAAAUUAGAAUAUGUGUUGAAGUACAAUGAUGCAAUCGUCUCUAUAGUGGUGAGAUACCAAAAUUGACCAACAAAGCCUGAAACAAUGCAAUGCGUCCUUAUUUAUUCCGCGUUACAUCUGAAAUUGUCUCAUUAUCACGUUCAGGCAGAAUCAUCCAUGCACGCAAACUAUUCGAUGAAAUGCCUGAACGAGAUUCAGUGGCUUGGAAUGCUAUGUUGACUGCCUAUUCCCGCCUUGGACUUUACCAUCAAACUCUCACUCUCUUCGGUAGCAUGAGAGUCUCUGAUUGCAAACCCGAUAACUUCUCCUACUCCGCAGCCAUAAACUCGUGCGCCGGUGCAUCUGAUCUUCGUUUUGGAACUAAACUUCAUGCUUUGGUUGUUGUUUCAGGGUACCGGUCGUCUCUUCCUGUCGCGAACUCCCUUGUAGAUAUGUAUGGCAAGUGUUUGAAUCCAAAUGAUGCAAGAAAAGUGUUUGAUGAGAUGAGUUAUAGUAAUGAAGUGACAUGGUGUUCGCUUCUGUUUGCUUAUGCAAACUCUUGUAGAUUUGAUAUGGCUUUUGAAAUUUUUGGUGGCAUGCCUGAAAAGGUUGAAAUUGCUUGGAAUAUAGUUAUUGCGGCUCAUGCUCGUUGUGGUGAAGUGGAGGCGUGUUUGCGUUUGUUUAAAGAUAUGUGCGAGAGUUUGUAUCAGCCAGACCAAUGGACUUUCAGUGCUCUUAUGAAUGCUUGUGCUGAGUCGAUGGAAUUGUUAUACGGAUGCAUGGUUCAUUGUUUUGUGAUUAAAUCUGGUUGGAGCACUGCUAUGGAAAUAAAUAAUUCAAUUGUGAGUUUUUAUGCUAAGUUAGAAUGUCAUGGUGAUGCUGUGAAAGUUUUUAACUCUGGUGGAGCUUUUAAUCAAGUUUCUUGGAAUGCAAUCAUUGAUGCCCAUAUGAAAGUGGGGGAUACCCAGAAAGCUCUUCUUGCUUUCCAGCAAGCCCCUGAGAAAAAUAUUGUAUCUUGGACUUCUAUGAUUGUUGGGUAUACGAGAAACGGGAAUGGAGAUUUAGCUUUAAGUUUGUUUUUAGACAUGAAAAGGAACUCUUUCCAGCUUGAUGAUUUAGUAGCUGGAGCGGUUCUUCAUGCUUGUGCUAGCUUGGCAAUUUUAGUUCAUGGAAAAAUGGUCCACAGCUGUAUUAUUCAUCUUGGUUUAGACAAGUAUUUAUUUGUUGGCAAUAGCCUGAUUAACAUGUAUGCUAAAUGUGGAGACGUAGAAGGUUCGAGGCUCGCAUUUCAUGACGUUAUCGAGAAGGACCCAGUUUCUUGGAAUUCAAUGUUGUUUGCAUUCGGACUAAACGGAAGGGGUAAUGAAGCUAUAUGUAUGUUCAGAGAAAUGGUGGAAUCUGGUGUAAGACCCGAUGAAGUAACCUUCACAGGACUGCUAAUGACUUGUAGCCAUUUGGGGCUAAUAGAUGAGGGCUUUGCUUUGUUUCAAUCAAUGAGUUUGGAAUUUGGACUUACUCAAAGAAUGGAUCAUGUGGCAUGCAUGGUUGAUAUGCUCGGUCGAGGUGGGUAUGUAGCCGAAGCGCGGAGUUUAGCUAAGAAAUAUUCAAAGACAAGUAAAGAUAGGAGCAAUUCAUGCGAGGUUCUACUUGGAGCAUGUUAUACACAUGGAGAUUUAAGAACAGGGAGCUCCAUGGGAGAAAAUCUAAAGAACUUAGAACCUAAAAAAGAGGCUGGUUAUGUGUUGUUGUCGAAUAUGUAUUGUGCAAGUGGAAAAUGGGAGGAAGCAGAGAUAGUAAGAAAGGAAAUGAUAGAUCAAGGGGUCAAGAAAGUUCCUGGUUGUAGUUGGAUUGAGAUAAGAAACGUGGUGACUGCAUUUGUAUCAGGAAACAAUUCAUAUUCUUGCAUGGAUGAUAUAUCUAAGAUACUAUACAUCCUUGAAUUAGAGAUGAGACACACAUGGCCCAUUAAUUUUGAUACUGAAUGAUCUUUUAUAAACCAGUUAAGCAUAUGUGAAAUAACUUGAUGAGCAGUUUUUCUAUGGUUUAUACAAAAGAUUUAAAAAGAGCAAA